CAUCCAAAGAAUGAUGAAUGCUUCCAUUUGCGGUUGCUGCUGGUUAAUGUGCGUGGCACUUGCGUGCGCACUGUGAAUGGAACAAUAUUCCCAACAUAUCGUGCUGCAUGUGAAGAACUCAAUUUAAUAGAACACGAUACACAGAGGGAUACGACAAUCGGAGAAGCUAUUAUCUCUGCAUUUCCAAGUCACAUAUACAUUGUGGCACAUAUACAAAUAUACCACUACAACCUCAACCACUGCGCUGCGGCUCAAGACCUGCUGAGCCAAUCCAUAAGAGAAUUGGCAAUUGACCUCGCCAUCCUCAGCGAGCCAUAUCAAACUAGGGAGUCCCCUGGGUUCAUCUUGGAUGCCACAAAAAAGGCCGCGAUAUGGCUAUGAGGGGCCACGCCAUUGCAGCUUUCCCUCUCAAGCGCUGCUGCUGGGUUUGUGCGCGCCAAGGUCGGAGGUACUCUAGACAACCUAGCGGCUGAUGCUAGAGGACGUCACCCAGUAGCCAUUGGAGGGGACUUCAACGCGUGGGCUGAGGAGUGGGGAAGCGUGGUGACGAAUGCGAGAGGUAGAGCUCUGCUGGAGAUCAUUGCGCCCCUGGACAUCGCGCUCCUCAACGAGGGAAACCAGCAUACCUUCUCCAGAGCAGGAACAGGAUCGGUCAUCGACCUUACAUUUGUCAGCAGCUCACUUUUUAAUUCAUCGGGCUGGAGCAUCAGCAACAUCUACACAGGGAGCGACCACAGGGCAAUUAUAUGGGACACAGGCCAACAGACGUCUAGCGUAGAGACAGCUGCGCCCAGAUGGAGAUGCUAUCGCGCCGAAACGCUCAACACGGCCCUGUUCAUGGAGCUUAUGUCCAACCUCACGGCGAAUGGAAAUGCUGAAUGCAUGGCCAACCAUGUCAUGGAGCAUCUGGAGGCAGCAUGCACUGCCACCAUGGCGCAGAGGAAGCACUACGGUCGCCACCACCAACCUGUGUUCUGGUGGAACGAGGACAUUGCCGCGCUACGCCGGGAAUGCAACCGAGCUCGACGCCGCUACCAGCGCUCGCGCGGAAGCACUGCCUUUCCGCAAUGGCAAUCCACGUUUAGGGACUGCAGAAGGGCCCUCAAGGCGGCCAUUAGGGAUAGCAAGCGCCAGUGCUUUCUCAAGCUAUGCGACUCUGCGGAGCAGGACCCAUGGGGAAGGGCGUACAAGUUGGUGACGAACAAACUUUGCGCCAAAAGGCAGGCACCCCCAUCGGACCCCGACACGACAAGAUCCAUCGUGGAGGAACUCUUUCCGCACAGGGCUGACCACAUCGGGGAUGUCCGUUGCCUCACACUGCAACCGCACAGUCAGGCACACAUCGAGGAGGUGUCACUCGAGGAAGUCGAAAGCGCAGCCAGGAGCAUCAGCCCGAACAAGGCUCCCGGGCCGGACUCUAUCCCGAACAGAGCCUUCGGGAAGGAGUGUUCCCUAUGAGGUGGAAAAUACAGAAGCUAGUGCUUAUUCCCAAGCCAGGCAAGCCGCCGGGGACAGCGU